GCGGAAGCAGCUUGAAAUAAUCCAGCCAGCAUUCCUUCCACUUAAUUUUAGCCCAUCAUUGCUUUAGUCCCUACCAGUAAAUCAGAUAAGCUCCCGAAUAAGUUGAUGAGCUCCUCCCUCCUCCAUGGCUCUCCUCCUCCGCCUGUCCCGUUGAAAUUCCUCCUGCCUGGCAUCAGGUUCCAAGGGGGAAAAGGGCGGAGAGUUGGCGUCUAACUUCGUAACAUAAGGACAGAUGAACUGAGAGACUCAUUUUACCGGAACCUUAGCGGCGAGCUCUGGCUUGGAAGUGUGACCGGGAAUCCGAAGCUGUAGAGAUGAGCCAGGCGUAGGGAGCAUAAAAAGGGGCGAACCUGUUGCUGUCCUGUAUAACAACAACAACAACGUUUCUUUUAGACUCCAAACAGUAGAGUUAGCUGGAGCUGUAAUCAUGGCAGGCAGACGGACCAGAAGUAUGAAUGGCGCGAGCCUGGAUUCUGUCCGGACGUCGGCCGCCCGGACCGCUGCUAUAGCCGCGCAGCUUCAGCAGGAGUGCUCCAUCUUACUGGAGCUCUAUAGAAAAAGGGAGGGUUUCUCUGCAGAUGUGGCUGACGGCCGUCUGGUGUCUGUGCCUCCUUCUUCCUCCCAGCUGGAAACCAGAGACAAGCUCUGGCGUCUUCACUCUGCUUUGCUGCAGUGUUACAGCUUGCUGGAGAGAGCCAUCGCUAAAGAGGAGGUGGAGCUGGGUGGUCAGGAGGAGGGUGAGUAUGAGAAGCAGAGGAGGACAGUAAAGGACAGAUUAUCAUUUCUUUUAAUCAGCACUGGAGAGCUCCUCAAAGCUGCUGACAGCACUACCGUCUUGACUCCUAGCUUGGAGGGCUUGGAGUUAGAUGGUCCGACCACUGUGUUUGAGCUGAAGCUUUGGGUGUACAGAAUCUUCAAAGAGGUGGACCACUGGACCAAGACGGCCAUCAGCACCUUGCAGGAGCUGCUGUCAGGGGUUGCCAAAGCGCGACCAAGGACCAUGCGAUUCAGAAGCACAAGAAAUACUCGGAGAUGAGAUGGAGAUGGGAGGACAGUGAGGAACAAUGUGAAAGACAAAGCAUACAAUGAUAAAAGGGGAACAAGGUAUUCAGCCAGGAUCAAACUUAGGGGCUGACAGAUAGAAGAAAAAAAUGUAAUAGUCAGCUGAGAGGGGCACAGAUCCCCACUGACAGACAGAGAUAUACUGGGUUCCUUUAAUGACAAGAGGCUUUUACAAAAAGCACCAGACUCACCAAUCACAAACGUGAAAGAGGAGAGUCUUUGAGUCUAUUUAUUUAUUGUUUUUCCUUCAAAGGUUCAAAUGCAAUAUUUCUUUCUUUCUUCCAAAAAAAAAAAAAGGUUCUACCUACUUGUUUUAAUUGUAAAUACCUAACAGGCUUUAAUUCUUGCAUGUACCACCUGUUUGGUGUGAAUGUUACUACCAGGAUGUACUGCAGAUAACUGAUGAGACAUUCAGCAAGGAGCACAUUCUCAUGAAAGUGGUAGCAUCUCAAAUACUCCUUUUUUUUUCUUUCUACUACUGUGACUCCCUAUCUUGGCACAUAUGUUUAUCUUAGGAAGGAAAAGAGGAAACAGCACCCUCAAGUGUACAUAUAUUGCUGUUACUUAAUUCCUUUGUUUCUUCCGUUUAGUCAGUAGUACUGCAUUAUCAAUAGAAUCAUGAUAAAUGGUUUGCAAUAGGAAAACGAUAAAAAAAAAACAAAAAAAAAAAACAGCAGCAAUAAUUUAAAAAUACAAACUGACAUGAAUUCAUUUCAAAUAGAUUUUAUUUAUUUAAAAUAUUUUAAAUCCACUUAAACAAAACACUUUGCUUCAUAGCACACAAACAUUGCUAUGGUAAACAAAUGAAAUAAAAAUAAAACAAUCCAGCCCAUUUUGAGGUAGUCUGCACAUCAGUCAAAUGACAACAAACUUGUGAAGUCAUCUAUCAGAGGGGCAGCUGCAAUAAUCAACAUAGCAUUUGGUUAAAUUGAGACGAUGUAAAAGAGAAAUUAAUCAGGAUUUACCCCCAUGUUUUGCUCUUACCUGCCAGUCUUGAGCUGCACCUGUAAUUUAAUUAGCCUCAGCCAAAGACUCAGAUUGUCUUUAAAAAUGCAUGAAGCCCCAGCGUUAAGAGAAAGAGAAGAUAAUGUAGAUAGGAUUGGAUCCUGUACAGUGAAGAUUUAACUAGAUUAACAGUUAAAUCCAUGACAAUUAUGAGUAUGAAUCAUGAAAACAGGAUGGCAUUUUCAUACAGUUUUUAUUUAUUUAAGAUGUGCCUUAAUGAGCUGAUCAGCUGUUGGUAGGUGCACUGGUAUAAGUACGUGGUUUAGGUGAUACAGGGUAGUCGAGACUGUUGUCAUGCUAUUAUGAACUGAAUGUGUACGUCUGAGUCUGCAUCACUGAUUUAAAAAAUAAGUUUUUCAAGCUUUUUUAUAUUAAAAGUAAAAGGUUUUAAUAUUGAUAAUGUUGCUUGGUGGUAUUUGCUCAGUUUUUGGUGCAGAUGUGUCAGUCGUAAAUGGACCCACACAACAGUCAAACCCACCGUUUCCUACAUAUCCCAACAAAGCACUGCUGUUGAGUUUCUGCUAAAAAAUAUUUUUAUAUCUGAAUGAAUUUUUUCUUUAACUUUAAAUAUUUUACACUUAUCUUUCUAUCUUUGGUACAAAUUUUUGUUUGCUACACCAGCAGCUGCUGUGAGACCAGUGGCUUGAAGCAAACAGUAGUUAAUCAAAAAAGGGCAACACCCUCAUCUUUAAGAUUGUGUAAUUAUCUCCCUGUAGCCAAAAGUAUUGAUUCACUUGUGAAUUGUGUCAGUGUCAUUGUCAUUUGUUACAUCUUUAUGGUGGAGCAGUAACAGUCCCUGUGUGGCUUUGUGCACAUUUGCCUUGCAGAGUACAAUUUGAGUCUUCAAUAAAGUGUCAUCGCCAUAGAGACUAGUCAACAAAGUUUAAGUUUUCCCUCAGCUGACAUAUUAAUGUGGUUGUCCAAAACGUCUCCUUGGUGUCUGAAAAUCAGGACCCCAUCAUACUUACUUUGCCUGGAAUGCCAAGCUCUUUAGUUGAUCCAAAUCGGAUAGUUACUGGUCUGAAACCGGCUUUGUUUGGAAAAAAUAGUCCAAUACUUUGUAGAAUGACGGUCUCCAUUUGGCUAAAACUUAAUUAUGAUUUUGCUUAUUUCUCAUGUGAAAACAUGUUUUGGAUUGCACCAAUUCUAAAAAGAAAUGUUAUUGUCAUUGUUAAACCUAUAAAUGGAAAAAAGAAAAACAAAACAAAAUUAACUAUAAUACUAUUACUAUAUAAUUGCUACAUUGCUCUCUUCACUUUUCUAAUACAUAUCUACUGCCGUAAAUUUAUCCUCAAAAUACAAGUUUCUAGGUUUUCAAUGUGAAUAAUUACCAAGAAUUUAUUACCCUAGGCACAUAACUUUACGGCCACCCUCUGAUAACUCUUUGUGCAGCCUAGUUUAUUCAACAUCAGUCAAUGAAAAUAUGUCAGAUUCACAUAAACCUUUUGCAGUUUCUCCAGAGAUCACUUAAGAUGAGUGUCGCCAGUGAACGAAACCUCUACUAGUGGUAGUUCCAGAUGUUAGGAUGAGUAAAUGUGAGUUCUUUUUAA